UGUUGAACCAAUCGUGAUGGAUGGAACGGGUGCUCGUCACGUGCGCAUUCUGACGGUGGGAGACGGCGAUCUGUCGUACUCGAGGUCGCUCUUGGACAAGGAAAACUGGGCAGACUUGGACGUCGCUGAUACGCCCUCGAUGGAUCUUACAGCCACAACGUACGACCAAUUGUCGUCGCUUCUGGAGAAGUAUGCAAUGGCAGCGUCCAACAUUGAAAAUCUAACGACGGCCAACGCUGCAUACAUCACCGUUCACGUCAAACACAACGUCGACGCUACAAGUCUGUCGUCGAUUGCAACAUCUGCAGAGCUCCACUUCGAUCGCAUUGUGUUUCACCAUCCCCAUACUGGUGUUGAAGACGUCCAUCGACACCGCCGAUUGUUGUCGCACUUUUUCCACGCCGCACUCCAGGUCCUCAAACCCCAAGGCCUCAUUUUCGUGACACUCGCCAGAGAUCAGCCAAGCCGGUGGGAAAUUUUAUCGCGAGCGACGGCGGUUGGACUCACGUGUGCGAUGCAGUCUGUGUGGACGCCGCCCAAAGGAUACACCCGGAAGCGCCAUCAAAGCGACAAGAGCUUUCACCACGUCCUCCUACAUGGCGAAAAGCUUCAGCAAGAAAGCACACUGUUUCGAUUCGGUCGCCAAGGCGACAUUGCCAUCGUGCCCACUGGCCCAGCAGCCGCACAACUUGUCGACGCGCAUCGUCCUGCGUUGUCUCUCGGCAAUCCAGCAUGGGAAUUUUCGUGCGAUUUGUGCGGCGGGAAGCGUUUUGCAACGCUACAAGGAAAGAAGACACACAUGCGAAUGGUGCACGAACUUAAUCUCAAACGAAAGCGAUCAUCUUCAACGGACGAGAUGAAGUUCUCGUGCACUGAAUGCAAUGGCCGCAUGUUUGCUGACAACGAAGCUCUGACCCAGCAUCGUCUGGCCAAGCAUGGUAAAGACAGCACCAUUCGACCCGACUGGCAUCGCAGUCAACCGGUGCUUGAGACACUAGUUCGAGACGCCAAGUUCACGUGCGCCAUUUGCAACUAUUCGUUCGCAUCCCAAGUCGAAUUGGAUCAGCAUUGGACGACCCUGCAGCCCAUACACGUGGAAAAGGUCGCGUGUUCGAUUUGUUCGAAGACGUUUGAGGAUUUGAGGGCCCUUCGACAACACCAGAAUUUCUGCGGUGCAGCAGAGAAACUCAUCGAGGAGAAGUAGUGUUGUUUCUUACUACGACGUGAUGCAUGCAGGUCGCUGCUGCCGUCUUGGUCUCAGAGUCGUGUUUGCAAGGACCGUGGCUUCCAUUAUAGCUGGCAUCUGGAUAGGGCCGUUUGUUUCGUAAUCCCACAUGAGUAGAUAAGGCAGUGGAGUUCUGGCCGUACAUUCGUCGAUGUGUUGAAGAGCGUGCUCAAUGAAUUGUUUCGGUGGUACGACAUGGUGCUGCUCGAGAUAGUGCGAAUACCCUUCGGGCCAACAGUACACGCCGUCGGUAAAGGUGCAAGCGCCAAGAGUUUUGGGCGGGCACGACGGAUUGAUGCGGCAAAAGCUGUACCCCAUCUCGUACGACUCGACAAAUCCAGCAUGUUUCAGGUACCAGAUAACUUUUCGCGCCACGUCUGCGUUCUGCUCAUGCCAUGCUUGGUCUUGGAGGGGUCCCGGAUGUGGCCGCACAUCCUCCACGUCGUCAGUGGAUUUCCGCCAAAACCCAACUUCAUGCAUCGAAA